AGCGGCCAGACGCAGCCUGGUCGCCUAGCAACUGCCUGGGCGCUGUGCUAUGGAGGCAGUGGAGAGCAGGGAGCUACAAGCGAGGGAUUAUUUGGAAAAACAUCGGAUUAUGGAGCUGCUGAACCACCUCACCAGCGUCCUCCUCUUUGUUCGGCCUCCAAAACCAAGAGAAUAUCUAAUCUCUCUGUUGGAACGUCUGAGACUUGCUAAAGUCACUGGUGUUGCAUUUCCUUUCUUCAUGGAUAACUCCAACAUAGUGGCUAUGUUUGACAUGAUGGACCCCUCGGGCAAAGGCACCAUUACAUUUGCACAGUAUAAAGAAGCCCUUAAGAACCUGGGUCUGUGUAUUGCAGAUGAAGUUUUAAAUGACGAUGGACACAUAAUAACUCUGGAUAAAUUCAGGGAUGAUGUGAACAUGAGGACUUGGAAAAUAUGGAAGGCAUUUUAGUGACACCAAAAAAUCCACACUAAUAAAUGAUU